AUGGGCAGUCCCCGUCAAGUGACCGUCGAGGCGCAAGUGGUCGCAUUCUGGUCCAGUCAUGCGACGUCUGCGUUCGCGUUGGGUCUCAUGGUGGGCCAAGUGAGCUCCUCGAACGCAGGGGACUUCGUGCUUGAUGUCGUGCCAUUGCCAUCGGAGAGUGAGAGCGGUGACGCCCUGACCGGACUUGGGGACGUUUCGGUCGAGUGGCUGCAAGCAGUUGCCCAACAAGUGGAUCGCCUCUUGCCAGGGGGUAUCACUGUACUGGGCCUCUACGUGGUUUCGACAAGCGACGCUUUCGCGCGGGUCGUGCCCUACCUCCGUGCGGCUGCAGAGGCAGUAGCGCUCUCCUCUAGCGCACCUGCCAUCGAUACCGUCCAUUACGUAUCGAUCGUAUCUCCAGAGGGCACAUUCGAGCUCCAGAGCUAUGACGACGUGACGGACGUCAACAAGACGCAGACAGCGUCGGCGGUUCCCAAGGCUGCAACAGCAGAGAUCAAGUUCAAGCAGUACCGCACGCUGGUCGAGAUCAACGAGGCCAUUGUGUUUGCAACGGAGGCCACAAAAGCGGCGACCGCAUCGACGGAGGUGGCUGAUACUCGCUUGGACGAAUUCGAGCACCAGUUGCAGUCGCUGGUCCGCCGGGUGGACGAGGCUGUUGCCGUGCCGAAGGCCACAGACGACACGCACGUUCAGCACGUGCACUUGUUGGCACGGCCACCGACGCCGUCUCGGCCAUCGGUCGAGGAGCCGCUCGGUGGAAUUCAAGGCACUAUCAGCUGCAUUGCGUUUGUUUCUGAGAGCGAACCUAAAGCAGCGGACGUGGCGGCACGUUACCUCAAGCGCGACUUUAGUAAGUCGUUGCGCGUGCGCCUCUCGCUCGCACGCGAGAGAUGGACCGAUGACAGUCGCGACAAACCGACGACUGCAGCAGUUUUCCAGAGCGGUGGAGUCAUUGGAUUCCCCCAGCGAGGACUCGUACCGUGGCGCGCGGUGGGCGCGUCCAGCCCGCACUUUGACGCGACGGUAUAUGUGUUCCCCGACGAAGACGCGGAGCAAGUGGUGCAGGACGCGCUGGAGGUUUUAGGAGAGGACAGACUGACCGGUGGUGAGAGUCACUGGGCGGCGCUGGAAACAACUCGCGGCCGAUCGAGUGGUGUGACGGAUCCAAAGCGCAGCGAGUUGGGGCACUUCCAGCCGACGUCUUACGUGCUGCUGUCGCUUGUUAUCGUUCUUGCCGUCGCCUUUGUGGUUCCGUACAGCUCUGUGCUGUACCGAUAA